UGAUUGCCUCCUAGCAACAUGACCUCCGUCAUAAACGUUUCGUUUCCCCUCUUUUAAUAAGUGAAAAUUUCAAGUUAGUAGUCUUUCGAGUAUAAUAUAAACAUUUUAUGGUAUUCAAACUUUUCCACCGAUAAUAUAAGAGAUAUUUAAUGUUAAUAUUCCUCCCGGAAGUCCUGGCAGCGUCGAGUGUUAGCUUAGCAUGUUAGCCGGAAACGGCUAAAGGAGUUUAAGAAAAGUUUUAACUUCGAUGGCGUGAAAACCUCAGAAGGUCUCGACGUUGGAGAAAACGCAGAAGAGAUGGCGGAACCGACCCAGAGCGAGGAGACGGACGUGAAGUGUGAAGACGUCCAGCAGCUGAUGGAGACUAAAGACGAGGAGAACUGGAGUCAGGAUCAGGAGGACCAAAAACCUCCACAGAUUAAAGAGGAGCAGGAGGAAAAUGAGAUCACUCAGUCGACAUUCAGUCCUGUUCCUGUGAAGAGUGAAGAGGAUGAUGAGAAACCUCAGCUCUCAGAGUUUCAUCACAACCAAAAUGAGAAAAACAGAGACUCUGUGAAACCAGAACCAGAUGAAUGUUUGAAAUCAGAUGGCAAAGACAGAGAUUCUUCAGAGACGGACGUAAGUGAUGGCAACUGGGAAGAGAGCUGUGAAGUUCAGUCAGGUUUGGGGUCUGGGUCAAAUAAAACGCUUGGUGCUUCUGGAAAGACUAAAGAUGAUGGAGAUCACAGCCAAACAGUAAAGAACAAAAACUCUGUGGAACCAAAUGAAUGUUCAAAAUCAGAUGAUGAAGAUGAGACUUCUGAUUCUUCUUCAGAGUCUUUGGAGACGAAUGUCAGUGAUGGAAAUUGGGAGGAGAGCAGUGAAGCUCAGUCAGGUUUAAACUCCAUGACCAAUAGGGAGUCCUGUGGACGUUUCAGCUGCUCUGAAUGUAGUAAAACCUUCACUCGCAGACAGUAUUUAUCAGAACACCAGAGAAUCCACACAGGAGUGAAACCCUUCAGCUGCUCCGUCUGCAGCAGAGCUUUCAGAUGGAAAAAUGGAUUAGUGCGACACAUGAAAUCCCACAGUGGAGAAAAACCUUUUAGCUGCUCAGACUGUGACAAAACUUUUUCUUCGAAUAAGAAUUUAAUGGAACACACAAAGGUUCACUCAGGGGAAAAACCUUACACCUGCUCUGUCUGUAAUGCAUCUUUUAAAAGAGCACACACCUUAAAGGAACACAAAACAACCCACACUGGAGAGAAACCUUACAAAUGUUCGAUCUGCAACCAAAGCUUCAGGUACCGGUCCUAUCUAAUCGUUCACGUAAGAAAUCACAAAGAAGAAAAAUCGUUCAGCUGUCCCACCUGUAAAGCAACAUUCAAACGGAAACUCACUUUAGAGGAGCACAUCAGAACCCACACUGGAGAGAAACCUUACAGCUGUUCACUGUGCAGUAACAGCUAUGUCCGCUAUAUAAGCCUGUCUCGCCACAUGAGGUGUCACACAGGAGAGAAACCAUACAGCUGCUCCACCUGUCAGGCCACAUUCAGGUGGAGACAAGCAUUCGUGGCCCACACAAAGAUCCAUCCAGUGAAAUAACCUUUUACUUGCUCAGGGUGUUUUUGUCCAAUCCCCAAAACACAAUCAGGGCUCUUUAAUCUUUUAGUUGAAAUACUGUAUUUUUAUUGUUGGGAGUAUUUAAUGUUCAUGUGUGCUGUGCUGAAAAGCCAGUGUCAACUUACCUUUUAAACCAUGUUGAUGUUGAUACUGUUGAAACCCAGGGUUGACCUCUUUUGGUUGUGUGAUUUAUUGAUCAUGAAUCUGUUUUAUUUUACUUUUUUCUUCUACCAAAGUUGACAUUGCUGCUGUUCAGAGUUGAUUAUUUUAACUCCCCGGUUGAUUUUAAUCAAAGCUAGAAGCUCAUAGAAGAGUUUAAGUUAUGGUUUUACUUAAUGUUCCUAACCAUUUUGGACUCAGUGGAUCUUUAAGAUUCCGCAAACAUUAUCCACCUCGCCACCAUUUUUUGUCUAACUCAAAACACAGAAAUGUAACAAUUUUACCUUACAUGGCUGCAUAAAAAUGGGCCAACUUGAGUCAAUAAAACUGAAAAUUUUAAACUCAGCAACUGUUACGAUUAUUAGUAUUUUUUGAUAAAAAUUAAUGUUUGCUCACUAUAGGUCAGUUCAAUAGAAACUUGCUAAUGUUAUUUAAAGUAUUAAGUGGCAGAUGAGAGAAUAAUACUAAUACUCAGAGGGAUGGCACUUGUUCAUUUAGCCAAAAACUGAGGAAUAAAAGACUCAAAAAUUGCAGUAACUAGCAUUCAGGUUCCAUGCACGUCAGAGCUGGAACAAACUUGCAGAAAACCACAAAGCAGCCGAAACACAGCGUUGCUUUAAAUCAGUACUAAAGAAAGAGAGAUGGAUUAUUUUAACAAUGGCACUUGAAAAAAUGUUAUGUGUGUUUCUGGUUUUCAAAACUGUUGGCUGUACGAUGUGUUUAUUUUGGUUUUUGUAUUUUUAUGACUUUGGACUGCUGUGCUGCUGCAAUGUUCUCUUCAAAUAAACUUGAUUGGUUAAGUUGUGAA